ACCUCAGCCACUCUUUCGCUUAUCCAAAGAUGUUCCGUCUCGCCACCCUCGUCACUCUCACCGUCGCUCUCGUAGCCACCGUCUCUGCUGUCCCCACCUACCCCUUCUCCAAGCGUGAUCAAUGCAACACCGGAUCUGUCCAGUGUUGCAACACCAUCCAGCCCGCCAACGCUCCUGAGAUCGCCAAACUCUUGGGCGGUAUCCUUCCCAUCGUCAUCCAAGGAACCAACACUCCUAUUGGGGUGACGUGCACGCCUUUCAACAUUGGUGGUGCCGGCGGCGGCGGUAACUGUGCCGCUACGCCUUCUUGCUGCAAGGAGACCCGGGAUGCUCACGAUGGCACCACGGUCGGUAUCGAUUGCAGCCCCAUCAUUACCCAGCUCUAGAGGCUGUCCUAUCUUUACGUUCUCACUUCGCGUUUCUAUCGUACCUGUUAUUCACUUUUUAGUUUGCCGCAUCUUAUUUCGUUUUCAAUCCGACGUCGAUGUCGUUGUCGUCUUUUCAUGGAUGCGGCAGUUUAGUUUCGUGGCAGAAAGGGUCUACGGCUGAUAGGAUGUAGACAGUCGAUCUUAUAGUAAUCGUAGUUACAAUUGAAGUUCACUUGUUGCACGAGAGCUCUUGUCUCGUUCUCAUCAUCGCCUCCGACGUGCUUAAGUCCCUCGAAAAAUUUUAUUCUGUCAGCGGAAUGUCUACUUCCUUGAGAGGCUUUGUUGCACAUGGAUGCGUGUAAUACAGCCCUGGAGCGGGC